UGUGUGUGUGUGUGUGUGUGUGUGUGUGCGUGUGUGUGUGUGCGCGUGUGCGUGUGCGUGUGCGUGUGUGUGUGUGUGUGUAUAAUAGUGAGGAUGGGCGCAACAACAGUUACUAGCAGUCUUGUGACUUGAGUUUUUCAAGCCAAUAGAGUCUGUCAAAGUGAAAGUGAAAGUGUUUUUGCAGAGAUUCCUCUCUUGUUCGCCUAGCUAAAAACAAGAAAACCGACAUUUUGAGACACUCCCGAAAAGAGCAAAACCUUCCACUGAACGACUGAGGCAACGAGAAGAACGAAAAAGGUCCGGUUUCUGUGCAACCUGCCACCCUGUAUAGGCAAAGUUUAUGGCGCCCCUAGGCCAACCUGAAGCCUCUUUUGAAGUGGGUUUAUAUGUUGUCUCAGCUGCUGCUGUGGUGAUUUUAGUGGCAGUAAUCCUCUGGUUUAUUUGUUGUAAAGAUGAUGAAGAACUUCAACAGGACCACAGUUUAAAAAUCGAGACUGAGAGACUGAGAAGAGACAGCGAGAAUGAGAGACUGGGAAAACAUGAUGAAGAACUUCAACAGGACCACAGUUUAAAAAGUGAGAAUAAGAGACUGGGAAAAGAGAGUUUAAAAAGGGAGAAUGAGAGACUGGUAAAAGAAAAGGAGGAUCUUCAGAAGCAAAAUGAGACUUUAAUAAAGGAGAAAAAGAAGGUUGAAGCUGAUUUUGAAGAACUUGGAAGGAAAACCAAGAUUUAUAAAGAGGAGGUUGAAGCAGAUUUUGAAGAACUUCGAAGGAAAACCAAAACAUGUGGCUAUGUCCUUGACAGAGCAUGGAAUAAAAUGACUGAAGCUCGUGUCAAUGUGACUCUAGACCCCGACACAGCCAGCCCCAGCCUCACAGUCUCUGAAGAUGGCUCACGAGUGAGAUUCACAGGGGAGGGAUCAGCAGAGUGGCCCAGUGUGAUGGGCAAGAAGGGGUUCACCUCAGGGAGGCACUACUGGGAGGUGGAGGUGGGGGAGAAGGGCUACUGGGUCCUGGGGGUCUCCACACACCCUCAUGAGAAGAGCAUACCUGAGAAACCAGGGGAGGGCUACUGGCUUGUGAGGCUGGUUAAAGGGAAGACCUGUACAGCUGUGAGCCAGUCAGUGGAUCAGACCUUAAAUCUGGAGAAGAUGUGCAAGAUGUGGGGGGUGUAUCUGGAUCACGAGGGAGGGAGGCUGUCGUUUUACAAUUUAGAAACCAGAUUUCACAUCCAUACUUUAGAAGGCUCAUUCCCUGGGCAGGUCUACCCCAUUUUCAGCCCAGGGUCACAUGAUAAAGGACCCUUGAUAAUCAAUACAAAAGUGAAGAAUGUGUAGUCCUGACAAGUAGCCUGCUACAAUAUAUAUACACUCACACACACACACUAUGUUAUCACCUACAACAUGUUUAGGAAAUGAAGUAAUGGGUGCUGAAGUGAUUUUAAGAAUAAAUUAAAGGGUGCCCAGUUAUGUGUUGUGGAUUCCAAUUGAAGGACAUGGAUAUUUUAACAACACAUUGACACUACAAUUUUAUUUGAAAUAUUUAGACUCGUAUUUCCUCAAUCAGAUAUCCUGCUUGCAUAUUCAUAUUAGAUUUGCUGGUUUAAGAGUGGUAUUGGUUUGUAUAGAAAAGCCACAUGGAUGAAUGCUCACUUUUCCAUGUAGUUGAUAUUUACACUGAAACUGGAAUAUCACCUGGAUAUUAUUGCUGGCUGAGAUUAAUGUUCUGACUUGUGCUAUAUUGAUGCUAAUCUUCUUUUACAUUUUUUCAAUGUAUUAUUUUACUAACAUUUUAAUAAAAUCAUAUGUGCAUAA